GAUGGUUUCCGAUUGAUCGAAUCAGAAAGUUCCUUCUAAUGAUUUCAAGUUUUAUCCGAAUUUUGACUGCUUUUGCUGGCGAAAUUGUUUUUCUGGGUUUGGCAUACGUCUUGGAAGUUAUUACUGCAUUUUGUAAACCACAGAAUAAUUUUUUAAAUGCGUUAUUGGAUAACUUUGAGCAUGCGCUUCUUGCGUGCUUGUCAUGGUUCGUUUUAGUUUUUGUGUUUAUGAGGCGAGACCUUAUGCUGUUUUCCUUGGUGGCAUUUAUUCUUGGAUCUGCAAUGGAUAUAGAUCAUUUUCUUUCUGCCAAAUCUUUCAAGUUAGAUAAAGCUUUAUCACUACCUUCAAGACCGCCAUUUCACAACACGCCAUUAACAUUUUUACUCGCUUUUGUUAUUUACAUUGCAGUUUACUGGACUGUUAACGACCAGAAAUUAUCUUUAAUGGCUGCUUUAUCGUUGGUUAAUGCCUGGAUAUCGCAUCAGUUGAGAGACGCCUUAAGACGUGGUCUUUGGCUUUAUCCUGUAAUGCCGGAUACAGAGCCGCUUUCAAUGCCUCAAUAUUUAUCUGCUCUAUUUUGUCUGUUUUUCCUUGAAUUUGUUAUUUUGGAAGUAACGUUUAAAUAUAAAUUGAUGCUUAUGAUGAAUAAUUUAAAUCACGUAUAGUUUGAUGUUGUAUAUGA